AUGGACCCCUCCGAACGACUCAAGGUCGCAGUCAUUGGUAGUGGCCACAUCGGGCCCAGGCAUGCCAGCAGUGUUGUCAAGUGCAGCGAAACAGAGCUUUUGUGCUUCGUGGACCCGUCACGCAAUGCUCAGGCCGUGGCGGAUUCAUUCCAGGUGCCUCUGUUCGAAUCGAUCGGGUCUAUGUUGGCGGGACGUCACACUCCCGACGCCGCAAUCGUCUGCACGCCCAAUAGCACGCAUGUGGAGGUUGCAAAACAACUGCUGGCGGCGGGGAUUCACGUGUUGGUGGAGAAACCCAUCUCUACCACUGUCGCCAGUGGCCGGGAGCUGAUCGCCGCGGGCGAGCAGAGUGGAAAGCAGCUGCUCGUCGGCCAUCAUCGGCGUUUCAAUCCAUAUAUUGUCGCUACCAAACGAGCGCUAGAAGAUGGUGCAAUCGGAAAGGUCGUUGCGGUCUCCGGGGUGUGGGCGGCAUACAAGCCCCCCGGCUACUUUGAGGCUCCUGCUGAAUGGAGGAGGGCAACAGGAAGCGGAGGACCGAUCCUCAUCAACUUGAUUCAUGAAAUCGACUGCCUCCAGUACCUCCUCGGGCCUAUCGUGAGAGUUUACGCCGAACAAACCGCCUCGCACCGCGAGCAUCCAGUCGAAGAAGGAGCGGCGAUCCUCCUCCGUUUCACCUCUGGAAUCGUCGGAACGUUUCUCCUCAGCGACUCCGCCACGUCCGCUCAUUUCUUCGAAAGCGCAACUGGAGAAAAUCCCAUCAUUCCGAGGCUAGGCAAAGACGUCUACCGCAUUUUCGGCACGGCGGGAACGUUGAGCGUGGGGGAUAUGAAGGUCACACGAUGUGCUGAAGAUAUCGAAACGAGCUGGACGGCUGUUGUUGUUGAGAGCGGAAUUGCUGUAGGCAACGAAGUGCCGUUUGAUGAGCAAAUCAACCACUUUGUGCGCGUGGUCAGGAACGGCGAGCAGCCUCGAUGUUCAGGGCAAGAUGGGCUCGACGCUCUGAUUGUCUGUGAGGCCAUUAAAUUGGCCAUGGUGGAAGCUAGACCUGUGGAUAUUUGA